AUGUCAAGUCAACCGUUACAUCCUCUACCUCCAUUUACAGCUGAGACGGCCCAUCAGAAAGUAAAGGCCGCUCAAGACAAAUGGAAUACCAAAACACCCAAAUCGAUCUCACCGGCCUAUACACCUGAUUCUAUAUGGCGUAACAGAGAUCAAUUCUUUCAAGGUACCCAGUCUAUCGAAGAAUUCUUGACUAGGAAAUGGGAAAGAGAAAAGAACUAUAGAUUGAGAAAAGAAUUAUUCGCUUUUAAGGAUAAUAAAAUAGCAGUUGAAUUUUGGUAUGAAUAUUCAGAAACGGAAGAUAUCAAUUCACAAUGGUAUAGAACGUAUGGAUUGGAACAUUGGGUAUUCGCCGAAGACGGAAGGAUGAAAUCACGUCAAAUGAGCGGUAAUACCAUUCCCAUCACCAAUAAAGAAAGAUGGUUCACAGAUGGUGCAGAUGUAAAUGAAGGUGAGGUACCUAGAGGGCAUAUCUCGCUGAACGAGUAA